ACGUGGAAUUUCUUCCUCUUGCUCUUCUCCCUUGUUCAUUUUCUAGCCUCUAAUUUAUUUUCUAUUUAUUGAAAUUGAAAUUGAAUCAAGUCAGAAAAAUACUAGUGGCUGAGAUUUUUCUUUGAGAUUUUAUGGGAAAUGAAAAAGCUGUCACCUGUCAUAGUUUAGUGCUACCUUUGCCUCAAACCUGCUUUCUUCAUCUUCAUACUUUUUCUUCUUCAAUUCUUCAGUUUUACUUGUGAAAUGGUUUUCUCCGAUCUACCAUUGUUAUUGGAUGACUUUUCACUUCAUGCAUGACCGAAACAACAACUAGUGUUUGCUUACAACAUGGCUAUCUUCCAAGGUUUAGGCAUCAUGCGGUUCCUUUUGUAGUGUUACAUUAUCAGGUUCUUUUGUACAACACCACGGAUAGACUAUAUUUGAUAGUAACUGAUGUUGUGGGGAGAAUCGGAAGAAGAUUUGUUCUGUAUCCCCUGUUUGUCCCUGAGGAUUUGAAGCAGAGAUAGCUAGCUACCUUUGGUUCCUUUAUUUUGAUGGACCCUUACUCCUCAGGGGAGGAACUUGUUGUUAAGACAAGGAAACCUUAUACAAUCACUAAGCAACGAGAGCGAUGGACGGAGGAGGAGCACAAUAGGUUCCUAGAAGCUUUGAAACUCUAUGGACGCGCUUGGCAGCGCAUAGAAGAACAUAUAGGAACUAAAACUGCCGUGCAGAUCAGAAGUCAUGCACAAAAGUUUUUUACAAAGUUAGAAAAGGAGGCUCUUACAAAGGGGGUCCCAAUAAGUCAAGCACUUGACAUUGAAAUUCCUCCUCCACGACCUAAAAGGAAACCAAGUAAUCCUUAUCCUCGUAAGACGAGUGUAGCAGUUCCCUCAUUACAGGUGGGAGCAAAAGAUGGGAAAUUUUCGACACCUUUUUCUUCCAUCUGUGAGGAAAGGAACUUAUUUGACCUGGAGAAAGAACCAAUUACUGAGAAAGCUGGCGGAAACGAGAAGCUGGGAAAUGUACAAGAAACCCAGAACAAGAAAAAUUGCUCCCAAGGGUUCACUCUUUUCAAAGAAGGUGUUUCUGCAGCCUCUAUGUCUUCAGGAAAGUCCUUGCAAACACAUGUGGCACCAACAGAUGCAUGUGCUUUUAGUGAGUCUGUGCCUGUCACCAAAGGAGAGGUUAACCAUGAUAUAGCAAAUAAAUCUUUUCUCACUGUUGAAUCCAAAGAACAUCAACAGUCAGAAAUACUCGAUAUCAGACAGUCCUUUCAAGGUAACAGCUCCUGUAACACCUUCGACGGGGGGAAAUCUUGCCAGUCGAGUGAAAAGUUGGCACAAGGUGAGAAAAAACAUUCACCGAGUCAGCCAGAUCAUUUGGGGGAAUUCUCAAGAAAUGAUAUGCAAGUGCUACACAACUAUCCAAGACAUGUGCCAGUGCAUAUUCUUGAUGGAACAAAUGGUUCUCAAAUAUCCCCAGAUAUGUUUAAUCAUGAAUCUACGAGUCAGCAGAUAGGUGGGGUCCCGGCGCUCCCAAAUUUGUAUUCUAAUCCUGCUUCAUCCGCCACAUCUGAGUACCAUAGUAAUUCUCCACAGUCAUCCAUUCAUCAGUCAUUUUCUUGUUUCCACCCCAUCUUCACCCCUAUUCGUGAUCCAGAUGAUUACCGAUCGUUUCUUCAAUUAUCCUCCACUUUCUCCAGCCUUAUUGUUUCUGCUUUAUUGCAAAACCCAGCAGCACAUGUUGCAGCAAGUUUUGCCGCUAGCUUUUGGCCUUAUGCAAACAUGGAACGUCCAACGGAUUCUCCAACAGAUAACACCGCUAGCCAGAUUAACUCAGCUCCUGGUAUGGCAGCAAUUGCUGCUGCCACAGUAGCAGCUGCAACUGCAUGGUGGGCAGCCCAUGGGCUCUUACCAUUGUGCUCUCAAUUUCAAAGCAGUUUUACCUGUGUUCCUACAUCAGCAACAUCAAUGCAAGUGGAUGCCUGUCAACCUAGAGUAGACAAGAAUGAAGGAAGAGAGGGAACUCAUAAUUCUCCCCAUGCUCAGGAACCCGUCCCAGAAUGCUCUGAAGCUUUGCAAGAACAACAGUCAGGUUCUAAAUUGCCACCUUCUCCAUCAUCAGAAUCGGAGGAGAGUGAAGGUAGGAAGCUACAAACUGGGUUAACGGCCACUGAUACUGAGCAAGGAGCUGCAGUUACUAAAAUUAAUGAGCCAAACACAGAAAAGGGCGGGAAGCAGGUAGAUCGCUCUUCCUGUGGAUCCAACACACCUUCAAGUAGUGAAAUUGAGACAGAUGCUUUAGAGAAGGACGAGAAGGGUAAAGAAGAGCCUCAAGAAUCUAAUAUUAACCUUCUUGCUGGAGAGGCUGCGAUUCGGCGUUGUAGAAAUUUCAUCAGUCCAACUGAAUCUUGGAAAGAAGUCUCUGAAGAGGGACGGAUAGCUUUCCAGGCUCUUUUCACCAGAGAAGUGUUGCCUCAAAGUUUUUCUCCUUCACUUGAUCUGAAAAAUAAGGGAAAGAUCAUUCUUGAAAAGUUUAAGCAAAGGCCAGACGAGAAAGUUCAAUGUGGACCGCAGUUAGACCUUAAUGAUCUGGCAUCCAAUAUCUGUUCCAGUCACCAAACAAUGAAAGACACUGUGUUAUUAAUUGGCAACAAAGAAGAUGUAGAAAAAUGCCUACCAAUGAUAGAACUUGGACAAGUAAGGUUGAAAGCUCGCCGUACUGGAUUUAAACCUUACAAGAGGUGCUCAUUGGAGGCAAAUGAUAGCAGGGUGACAAGUUCAAACUGUCAGGAUGAAGAAAAAAGCUCGAAAAGACUUCGAUUGGAAGGAGAAGCUUCUACUUAGUGUUGUGUCAAUGUGCAAUUCUACAAGGGAACCUGUCUUGUUGCACGGAGAGCUCUAUUCUACCCUGUCAUUAUCUUUUCCCAGUUACGUUGUCUAGUUCUAAUGUACACGAAACUUAUCGUGUAGGUGUGUACCAUAUUAUUUUUAUGUUCUGUUUUAAUUCGACUUGAAUGCAAAGGGACUUUGAAGAAUGAACUUAAAUGUGGAUGUCUUCAACAAUCAUAGCAAAUUUAAUGGACCUUGAUUGGACCAGUUCCUCGGAA